GAAACUGUUUGUGGGUGGCUUGGACUGGAGUACAACACAAGAAACCCUUCGUAGCUACUUCUCCCAGUAUGGAGAAGUCGUAGACUGUGUAAUCAUGAAAGACAAAACCACAAACCAGUCUCGAGGAUUUGGAUUUGUGAAAUUUAAAGAUCCCAACUGUGUGGGAACAGUACUGGCCAGCAGACCUCACACGUUAGAUGGCCGAAAUAUUGAUCCAAAGCCAUGUACGCCUAGGGGGAUGCAGCCAGAAAGGACACGACCGAAGGAAGGAUGGCAGAAAGGAUCCAGGAGUGAUAACAAUAAAUCAAAUAAAAUUUUUGUUGGUGGGAUUCCUCAUAACUGUGGUGAGACAGAGCUCAGGGAAUACUUCAAGAAAUUCGGAGUGGUCACUGAAGUUGUAAUGAUCUAUGACGCAGAGAAACAGAGGCCCCGAGGUUUUGGAUUUAUUACUUUCGAGGACGAACAAUCAGUGGACCAGGCUGUCAACAUGCAUUUUCACGACAUCAUGGGCAAAAAAGUGGAGGUGAAACGUGCAGAGCCCCGGGAUAGCAAGAGCCAGACUCCAGGGCCGCCCGGCGCCAGCCAGUGGGGGAACAGGAUCAUGCCGAGCGCUGCCAAUGGCUGGGCAGGUCAGCCCCCUCCCACCUGGCAGCAGGGAUACGGCCCCCAAGGGAUGUGGGUGCCAGCUGGACAGGCAAUUGGUGGAUAUGGGCCACCCCCCCCCGGGAGAGGAGCGCCGCCCGGAUUUCCACAGGGCUAUGGCACCCCUCCACCAUUCAGUUUUGGUUAUGGUGCUCCUCCUCCUCCACCUGACCAGUUUGCCCCACCUGGAGUGCCCCCUCCACCUGCCACUCCAGGGGCAGCACCACUAGCUUUUCCACCACCACCACCACCAUCUCAGGCAACUCAGGACAUGAGCAAACCCCCAACUGCUCAGCCAGAAUUCCCUUACAGUCAGUUUGGGCUGGGUUCCUAUUCUCAAGACCCUUCAGGCUACGCGCCAAUACUUUGUUUACACUCUUAUGGUCAGGCUGAGCAGUGA